AUGCCAAUGUUUAGAAUUAGGCACAAACAUAAACAUUACCACUAUAUCUUUUUCUUGCUUAUUUCAUUUCUUCUUGUUUUUCUUGUUAAUGGUUUAAACAAUGAAGGUGUUGUUCUGCUUUCAUGGGUAUCAUCAAGUUUACAACUUUUUUCAACUUGGAAUCAAUCUGAUGAUAACCCAUGUGCAUGGACUUAUAUUACAUGUUCAUCACAGAAAUAUGUUACACAAAUUAGUAUCAAGAAUGUUGAACUAGCUCUGCCUUUUCCUGCUAAUCUUUCCUUGCUUAAAGAGUUAGAAAGUGUUGUUAUUUCUGGAACUAAUUUGACUGGAAAGAUCCCAGAUGAAAUUGGUGAUAUUAGUACAUUACAAGUUUUUGAUGUGAGUUAUAAUAGUCUUGUAGGUGAUAUACCUAUAUCUAUAGGUAAGCUUAUGAAACUUCAAGAUUUGGUGUUGAACUCUAAUCAACUUAGUGGGGUUAUCCCAAAACAGAUUGGUAAUUGUUUAAGUUUGAAAAAUCUUGUUUUGUUUGAUAAUUUGUUGAGUGGUGAGCUUCCUGUUGAGCUAGGAAAUCUUGGCAAAUUGGAAACUGUUAGAGCUGGUGGGAAUAAAGAUAUAACAGGAAAGAUCCCUUUUGAGUUGGGGAAAUGUCAAAAUUUGGAAAUUUUAGGCCUGGCUGUUACAAAGAUUUCAGGUACUAUUCCUAGCUCCUUAGGUAGUUUAACAAAGCUUCAAACUUUAUCUAUAUAUACAACAAUGCUUACAGGAGAAAUACCGAAAGAAAUCGGAAAUUGUAGUGAGCUAGUUGAUUUGUAUCUAUAUGAAAAUGAUCUUUCUGGGUCACUUCCAUUUGAGUUAGGAAAUCUUCAAAAGCUAGAAAGGAUGUUAUUGUGGCAAAAUAAUCUUGUGGGGUUUAUACCUAUGGAGAUAGGAAAUUGUAGAAGUUUGAAGGUUAUUGAUCUGUCUUUGAAUUUUUUAUCUGGUGACAUUCCUACUUCAUUUGGAAAUCUUGUUGAUCUUGAAGAGUUAAUGUUAAGUAACAACAACAUUUCGGGCUCAAUCCCACCGGUUCUUUCGAAUUGUACUCAUUUAGUCCAACUACAGCUUGAUCAAAACAGGUUGACGGGUUCGAUACCGAGUGAGCUUGGGAUGUUAGGAGAGUUAUCGGUGUUCUUUGCGUGGCAGAAUAAACUUGAAGGAAGCAUACCUUCACCAAUGGCAGGUUUGAAGAGUCUGCAGUCUCUUGAUUUGUCUCAUAACUAUCUCACUGGCAGCUUACCUUCUGGUUUAUUUGAUUUGAAGAACUUAACAAAACUUCUUUUGAUUUCAAAUUCCAUUUCGGGUUCAAUCCCAUCGUCGAUAGGGAAUUGUAGUUCACUGCUUAGAUUAAGGCUAGUAAAUAACAAAAUUAGUGGACCGAUUCCUAAAGAAAUCGGGUUUCUUGUAGAGAUAGAUUUUCUAGAUAUAUCUGACAAUCUUCUCACAGGAGUAAUCCCGGAUGAAAUAGGAAAUUGCACACAUCUGCAAAUGCUGAAUCUCAGCAAUAACACUCUUUCUGGCACUUUGCCUAGCUCACUAGUUUCUUUAACCAACCUUCAAGCUUUAGAUGUUUCAAAUAAUCAGUUUUCGGGUCGAAUUCCCAAUAGUUUAGGUGAACUUUCUUUGAUUAACAGACUUGCAGUUAGUGGAAAUUCAUUUUCAGGCCCAAUUCCUAUAACGCUUGGUCAUUGUUCAAAUCUGCAGUUUCUUGAUCUUAGUAGUAACAGGCUUUCUGGUAACAUUCCGGUUGAGCUUUUCAGCUUAGUGUCGUUAGAUAUCGCUUUGAAUUUGAGCUGUAAUUUGUUAAACGGAAUAAUCCCACCAGAGAUAUCAUCUUUGAACAAGCUUUCAGCACUAGAUCUUUCUCAUAACAUGUUAACUGGAGACUUAAUGGCACUUUCUAGGCUCGUGAAUCUUGUCUCGUUAAACGUUUCUUACAACAAUUUCACUGGUUUUCUCCCUGACAGCAAACUUUUUCAUCAGUUAUCAGUCCAAGAAUUUGCUGGAAACAAUGGGUUAUGCCCGUUGGGUCAUAAGUCUUGUUUCCUUGGUCAGACGGGCCAAAUGGGCAAGUCUAACAAAAGGGGUAUUGGGGAUUCAAAGAGGCUCCAAGUUGCUAUAGCUUUAUUAGCAGUUGCAGCUGUGGCAUUGGUAAUUCUCGGGAUAAUAGCUGUUUUUCGAGUUCAGAAAGCUAAACCUCAAGAUACUGAUUCUGAAUCUGGGAACUGGAGUUCAUCAAAUUGGAAAUUCACACCAUUUCAAAAGCUUAGUUUCACAAUAGAUCAAAUAUUAAGAUCUUUGAUCGAAACCAAUGUGAUUGGAAAGGGGUGUUCAGGUGUAGUAUAUCGUGCAAAUCUUGAUCAUGGUGAAGUGAUUGCUGUGAAAAAACUAUGGCCAACAGCAAUGGCAUCCGCAUAUAGUCAGGAUAAGGGUGUACCUUCAAGUGCAGUUCGUGAUUCUUUCUCGACGGAAGUGAAAACCUUGGGACUAAUCCGUCACAAAAACAUUGUUCGGUUCUUGGGUUGUUGUUGGAACCGAAACACGAGAUUGCUUAUGUAUGACUACAUGCCUAAUGGAAGCUUAGGGAGUCUUCUUCAUGGAACUAGUGGGUGCUGUUUAGAAUGGAAUUUAAGGUAUCAGAUAAUAUUAGGUUCAGCUCAAGGAUUGGCGUAUUUGCAUCAUGAUUGUGUGCCUCCCAUUGUUCAUAGGGAUAUUAAGGCGAAUAAUAUUCUCAUCGGGCUUGAUUUUACACCUUACAUUGCUGAUUUUGGACUGGCAAAACUUGUCGAUGAUAGGGAUUUUGCUCGAUCAUCAAGCACAGUUGCUGGUUCCUUUGGUUAUAUUGCUCCAGAGAUAGGAUACAUGAUGAAAGUAACAGAAAAGAGCGAUGUAUACAGCUUUGGUGUGGUUAUGCUAGAAGUACUAACAGGUAAGCAGCCAAUCGACCCAACCAUAGAAGACGGUCUGCACAUUGUGGACUGGGUCAGACAGAAACGAGGCGGGGUUGAAGUAUUAGACACAAGUCUACAGGCCCGACCCGACCCUGAGAUAGAAGAGAUGAUGCAAACACUAGGUGUCGCUUUACUUUGUGUUGCUCCAAUUCCAGAUGACCGGCCUUCCAUGAAAGACAUUGAAGCAAUGCUGAAGGAAAUAAGACACGAUAGGGAAGAGGGUGCAAAAGCGGAAUCCACAAUGACCCUGAAAGGGUCUAAUGCAGCUGCUAAUGAAGAAAAAACCUGUAAGACAAGUGCAGGCCCAUCAACGGAUGCAAUGAAGUGUUUGUAUAUUCAAAGCAAUAACUCGAGCUUCUCAGCAUCGUCAUUGUUGUACUCUUCAUCAUCUAAUGCUGGUAAAAAUGGAGUUUGAUUAGUAGAUGGUGUUAUUGACU